CUGGAGUAACAAUCAUUUUAUUGUCCUUUACACUUGUGUACUAAAGAAUUACAGUAAACUACCUUGAAUCUUGAAUACAUGGUUUAUUAGUAUAGCAACAAUAUGAUCAAUUUGCAUUACAGUGGACUUUUUUGUUUUUUCAUAAUUUAUAUUUUUUUCUGUGAAUGUUGUGUCUCUGAUGCUCUGUGCCUGUGAUGAGGCGAUAAGUGAGUUUUUCAUUGUAUCUGGGCACACAUGUACUUGUGCAGAUGACAAUGAACUUGACUUCGACUUUGCUCAUAUUUCUCUUCCAAUCAGUUCUCUGAAGUUGCAGUGUGGUAUGUGGCCAUGUUAUCUUACUUCAUUGUCAAAUAUCCUUACUUCUGUGGCAAUCAGUUCCCUGGAAUUGUUCUCAUGUCAGCUAAGCUCAUCCAAAUUUGUCUGCAUUAUGAAAGAUAAAGUGUUCCUGUUCAAUGGAUAAGGCAAGUUUGAAGGCAUGUGGGCCAAACGUGGGAAAAUAGGCAUCUUGGACAAAGUUGGUCUGUUUCUGUGCUGCAUAACUCUUUGCUUCUCUAUGACUAUCUAACGAUGAGUAUAAUCACAGCUUCCACUUCGCUGUUGUGGUGUGAUUUAGAAAGGAGGAUUUGUAUUUCUGUAACAUCAUUCAUAACUCCAAGCACUGUACAGAUAGUGAAGUGUAUUGUUGCUGUAACGUGGGAAACAGAGCAAUCAAGUUUACACGGCAACUCCCAUAGAUAACAACAUGACCAGGACUUGGAGAGCCUGUUUCAGUGAUAGGUAAAAGUUAUGUUCCCUGAUCUUCUCUGAGUGAGUACCUUGGGAUUCUUUGCAACUAUCUGUGAGGUGAGACAAAUUUAACACUGCAUCUGAAGGUAACACCUGUGACACUGUUGUGCUGAAGUACAGGGUAGAUUUCAUUGCAUGCAUUCUCUACAUUACCAUUUCAAAAGCAUUUCAUUGGCUGCAGUGCACCUUGUCACAUCCUGAGACCAAGAAAGUCACCACACAAAUGUGCAUUCUGGCUCAAAGAUGAGAGUUUCACCAAUGAAGCCACAGAUGUUACAAAUGAUUUAAAGUUAAAUCGCAUAUACCAAACAGUAUAUCUCUACUGAGAACAAAUAAAUGUACGUAUAUAUACCAUAUGUGUACAUAAGAUUUCCUUCAUAUAAACUUCCAGCCCAAUGCAGAGGGUGCUCCUUUUCAGUCAGGGAAAUAAAUGGGCUGCUUAUGCCCUCUCCGCUGAAUGUAAAAGUCUAAUGGCACCAUCCUGAAGAAAAGUAGGGUGGUUAUCAUAAAGAGUGCUGGAAUCUUUCAACUGGUCAGGCAGUAUCUUAUGGAAAGAAAAUCAGAAUUAAUAUUUCAGAUCAAAGACCUUUAUGUCUCCCACUUAUCUCAACAGUGCUAAGGCCAAGAAGGUUGAGAGUUUCAUGUUCUCGGGAGAGAACAUUGUCAAUAGCUUGUCCUGGUCCAACCAUGUAGAUUCUAUGGCUAAGAAGCUAACCGAUGCCUCUGCUUCCUCAGUAGGCUAAAGAAUUUUUUAUCUGUGUACCCUAUCAUAAUGGCCUGGUAGAGCAUCUGCUCAGUCGAUUAAUGAAAAAAAUUGCAGAGUUUCAUCUAUCACCUGGUGGUUCUCUCUCCCCUUCCCCCACCUUUUAAAUCUACUCCUCAGUUUUUUUUCUCCAGUCCUGCUGAAGGGUUUUGGCCUGAAGCAUCAACUGUACUUUUUCCCAAAGAUGCUACCUGGCCUGCUGAGUUCCUCCAGCAUUUUGUGUGUGUUCCCCUUCAUGGACUCUGCCUACACUUCUUGUUGCCUUGGUGAGCAGCCAACAUAAUCAAAGACCCCGUCUGACCCAGAUAUUCCCCACUUCCAUCGAACAGCAGAUAUAAAGGCCUGAAAACAUGUAUCACCAAGCUCAAGGAUAGAUUCUAUCCCACUGGGCUCUUCCCUAGUAUGAUAAGAUGUACUCUUGACCUCUUAGUCACCCUUACAUCUUAUUGGCUACCUGCAUUGUACUUUCUCUAUAAUUGUAACACUUUAUUCUGCAUUCUCUUAUUGUACUACCUCAAUGCACUGAUGUAUUAAAAUUAUCUGUAUAGAUGGUAUGCAAAACAAAGCUAUUUGACUGUACUUCAGUAAAUGUGACAAUAAUAAACUAAUUCAGCAAUUCAAUUUACCAAUUUAUCUUAUUCAUUAGUUUCUCUCUCCAUAGAUGCUGCCUGACCUAUUGAAUAUUUCCAUAAUUUACUGGGUUUGUUUCAGACUAACAGUGUCUGUAGUUUGUUGGUUUUUAAGGGUGGCUAUUGGCACUGCCCAGCACAAUUAUUGCUCCUUGGUCACAAAAUAAAACAGAUUAUCUGACCGUUUCAUAAUUUGCUGUUUGUGGGAGCUUGCUGUGCAUAAUAGGCCCGCUUUAAUGUCUCUCGCACAAUGGGGACCACCAUGUCAGAGGCAUUUCACUGGAUGCAGAGUGCUUCGGAACAUCCCAAAAGGCGGUAUAAAGAUAAAAGUCUGUCUUUUCAGAAAGCACAGAUCAACGUGCACUAGGACCUAGUGGCGAUAGAACUUGUGCUCGGUCCCAGUUCAGUCCAUUUCCAACUUCCCGUCCUGACGUCAGCCUGCUCCUUUGGCUCAGGUUUGACAUUAAAAAGAAAAAUGCUGCUGUCGGUGCCACGGGCAGGAUUUAGUCCGUAUCCCUAUUCUAACCGUUCAUCAAAGAAGCAGCCCUAUGCCCCAACAGCCCAGCAGAUGGCUCCACCAAGUCCCAGUACUAAUAGCAGCAGUAACAGCAGCAGCGUCGUAGGGGAGCAGCUGAGUAAAACCAACCUGUACAUCCGUGGGCUCCACCCUGGCACGACUGACCAGGACCUUGUCAUGCUCUGCCAACCGUAUGGCAAAAUAGUUUCCACAAAAGCCAUUCUGGACAAGACAACCAACAAGUGCAAAGGCUAUGGGUUUGUGGAUUUCGAUAGUCCCGCAGCUGCACAGAAGGCAGUGUCUGCGCUGAAGUCCAGUGGGGUACAGGCCCAGAUGGCAAAGCAACAAGAGCAAGACCCGACGAACCUGUACAUCUCCAACCUGCCACCAUCCAUGGAUGAGCAGGAACUGCAGAAUAUGCUCAAGCCCUUUGGACAAGUCAUUUCCACCAGGAUACUGCGGGAUGCCAACGGUGCCAGCCGAGGGGUUGGUUUUGCAAGGAUGGAAUCAACAGAGAAGUGUGAAGCAAUCAUUGCUCAUUUCAAUGGGAAAUUCAUUAAGAUGCAACCAGGAGUUCCAGCUCCUUCAGAACCUCUGCUGUGCAAGUUUGCAGAUGGUGGGCAGAAGAAACGACAGAAUCAGAACAAGUACCUGCAGAAUGGCAGAGCCUGGCCCAGAGAUGGAGAGCCGGGCACAAUGACACUGACCUAUGACCCAACCACUGCUUUGCAAAACGAAUUUUAUUCCAGUCCAUACAGUAUUGCGCCUAACAGGAUGAUCGCACAGACAUCCAUUACACCCUACAUCACCUCACCUGUUUCCUCAUUUCAGGUCCAUAAUCCCUCCUGGAUGCACCAUCAAUCAUAUCUUAUGCAGCCUAUGGGAACAGUAAUAACCCCCACAAUGGACCACACCAUGUCGAUCCAACCCACGUCAAUGAUGGGACCAUUAACCCAACAGCUUAGUCACCUCUCUCUGGGCAGCACUGGCACAUACAUGCCAGCCACCACGGCAAUACAAGGGACGUACAUUCCCCAGUACAACCCAAUGCCUCCCUCCAACGUAUCUGUUGAGGAAACCAGUGGGCAGCAGCAGCAGGUUGCAAUGGAAACGUCCUCUGAACCUGCAAGCUAUUCCUACCAGCACAGCAAGUAAACCCGAGAUGUGAGACUGAGAACGUGAAAGAAUCAGCUCUCCUGAAUCGCUGUGAACCAAACUCCUCUGGAGAGAGAAAACACAAAGAGAAAUUUUUUGCACAAGAUUUGGAAACAAAAAAAAACACACACAAAAGUUUUUCCUUUUAUUUGUAAGACAUUCAACAAAGAAAGAAAAAAAUACACAGCUAUUUUGAUAAAACUUUCUACUUCAGUUAAGCAGACAUACCAAACCGGUGGCAGAAUGUGGAAAAGAGGUUUAUUUUGAUACAGGAAAGAGAGCUUAUUUUUUUGGAAGUGCAUCUAUUGCAAAUCAUUAUUUAAGCAUUCUGAAACUGCUCAGAGUGAGAGAGGAGAAUAUUACACAUCAAAUGUCUUUUUAACCGUGAUUAGUUUUUUUUGGUUUUGUAAAAUAUCCAGGUUCUGGCCUUCACUUGGUGAAAGCUUUGGCCAUGUACAGUUGCAAUGAUUUGAUUUAUCUGUUGCUGCAUUGCAAUUCUGUAGUGUUUAGUGCCAUUUCAGGUUUCUCCUUUUUAAUAACCUCUGUGGGAACACACUAACCGAAAUUCAAAAAGAAAACACAACUUCAAAUUACCGCUUCUCUUCAUCGUGCUCCUUUACAAAUUACCACUUCCUCCCCUCACAGAUUGAGUAACAAUUGUCACCGUGAUUACACUUUUAGUUAGUGGCCUCUGUUCUUUAAAAAAAACAGUAGCUUCAAGGACUGAGUUAAGCAUCUUCAGCCUUGAAAGUGGAUUGAGGUCCCAAACCAUAAAGAUUUGCAAGACAAGGCCAUUUAGCCCAAAACAUUCAGCCUGUUUAAUUGAAUCCACAUGCCUGCUUUUCUGCUACCACUACCCCUUCCAGCGAGCCUUGCACUUUCUUCCUUUUCCAAUACAUUCUCUUGGGUAAUUAUGAUUGAGAUUCAGUGUCUCUUGUAUUUCAUUGCAUUUUGAUGACAGUUCUUACAUGGCCUCCACCAUACCACAAUCCCUUCAUUGGUAAAAUUGGUACAAAGAAGGUAAAGGCGCAGUAACUGCCCUACUGUUGCCACCAAUGUCUCUGUGAUUUUACAGGGUGAGGUUUAUGCACUUGAUGCCCAGCAAUUUCAGAGGGAAUCAUAGUACUGCAAACAAUGAGAGCCUUUGGGAUUUAACUGGAUGCUAUAAAAGGGGGGUUAAGUCACCAGAGAAUGAAUAGAUUAAAAGGGAUUUUCCUUGACAGCUUGUUACAAAAGUCCCCUUUAGGUCUGAGUUGAGUAUGCAUGAUAUAAAAGAAGCAGAAAGCUUCCAUAAAGAGUAAACCAGGGGCAGGAAAGGAUCGUGCUCACUUAGACAGCCAAGCGGAAUUCCAGUGUCAGAGGCCCUCAUGUUGGCCUGGUGUAUUGUGGGGGAAUAAGCCCACAACUAUGGCCCAUGCUGGUAAGUUUAUCGUGGAUUACCCUCUGCUGCUUUGAAGAACACAACAAUAAACAAGUUGUUACGUUUACCUCCCUGCAAUUCUCAAUAUUAAUCAAACUCUGUCAUUUAGAGUCUAAAUUUGUUGUUGAGAAUGACAGGGAGAACUGUGUUGAGUUUUCUCAGGGCCUGUUUUAAGCAACUCACCAUCUUUGACAUUGCAGGUUCUGAUCACUAACCGAUAGGUAAAUGUAAGCAGAGCCUUUUACUAACUCGAGCACUACAGCUGUUUAGAAGAAUACAAUUAGCAUAAGGGAUUUAGAUGGGAUUACAGUGAUGGCUGCAGAGACUCUGUAAGUAAGCAACCAUACGGUGAAAAGAGAACCUUUUGUUUGUGAAUGGAUCAGACAGGUAGCUUCGGUUAGUUGACAUUGACUACCUGUGCCAGAUUACUAGAGAAUAUCUAGAGUUGUACGUGACCUGAUUUGGACAGUACCCUCUGGGAACAACAGGUUGGGAAGUGUGUGGAAGUCUGCGAGGGGUGCAGCCACAGGAUGGAGCCCUUUCACUUUGUCAGCCUGCAGUUGUGAGCUACACUGCAAAUCAACUCACAUACAUUUCUUUGUCAAUUAAAAGGUGACAUUUCCUGCAGGGAUUACACGUAGAACAUAGAACAAGACAGCACAGGCAGAGGACCUUUGAGCCACCAUGAUGUGCCAAACUAAUUAAACUAGUAAUUCAAUGUUCAGCUGCCUACACCAUGUCCAUGAGACCACUAGAUUUAGGAGCAAGAUCAGGCCAUUUGGCCCAUUGAGUUGUUAUCAAAGCAUACAACUUGAAAUUCUUCUUCUCCGGGUAGCCAUCCCCCCACCAAUCCCUCCUUCCCACACAAAAAAAAUGGAAGAUUGCUCCACCAUUUCAUCCUGGCUGAUUUAUUUCCCUCUUAACUGCAUUCUCCUGCCUUCUUUCCAUAACCUUUCAUGGACUGACCAAUCAAGAAUCUAUCAACCUCUGCCUUAAAUAUACCCAAUAACCUGGCUUCCACUGCUGCCUGUGGCAAUGGAAUCCACAGAUACACCAUCCUCUGGCUAAAGAUAUUCCUCCUCAUCUCCAUUUUAAAUGGACAUCCCUCUUUUAUGAGGAUAUGUCUCUGGUCCGACCCCAUACCCCCACCCACUAUAAGAAACAUUCUCUCCACAUCAACUCUAUUUAGGCCUUUCCACAUUCGAUAGGUUUCAAUGAGAUCCUCUCUCAAACGUUCGUCAGAUGAUGAGCCUUUCAUUCCCAGAAUCAUUUUUGUGAACCUCCUUUGAUCCCUCUCCAAUGUCAGCAUAUUCUUUCUUAGAUAAGGGGCCCAAAACUAUUCACAUUACUCCAAAUGAAGCCUCACCAGUGCCUUAUAAAGCCUCAGCAUUACAUCCUUGUUUUUAUAUUGUAGUCCUCUCAAAAUGAAUGUUAAUAUUGCAUUUGCCUUCCUCACCACCUGCAAGUUAACUAUUAGGAAAUCCUGCAUGAGGAUUCCCAAGUCUCUUUGCACCUGGAAUUCUUUUAUUUUUUUCUCCCCAUUUUAAAACAGUCUACAUUUUUACUCCUUCUUCCAAAGUAAAUGACCACACACUUCCCGACACUAUUUUCCAUCUGCCAUUUCUUUGCCCAUUCUCCUGAACGAAGUCCUUCUACAGACUCCCUGCUUCCUCAAUGCUACCUGCCCCUCCACCUAUCUUAGUAUUGUUUGCAAACUUGGCCACAAAGCCAUCAAUUCCAUCAUCUCCAUCAUUCAAUUCAUUGACAUAUAACAGUGGAACACCACUAGUCACUGGCAGCCAAUCAGAAAAGCUCUUUUUAUUCCCACACUUAGCCUCCUGCCAAUCAACUAAUGCUCUAUCCAUGCUAGUAUCUUUCAUGGAAUACCAUGGACUCCUAUCUUGUUAAGCCGCCUCAUGUGUAGCACCUUGUCAAAGGCCUUCUGAAAAUACCAGUGCACAACAUCCAGUGAUUCUCCUUUGCCUACCCUGCCUGUUAUUUCCUCAAUUCUAACAAAUUUGUCUAGCAAGAUUCCUGAUUUUGUCCUAUUUUAUCACGUGCCUCCAAGCACGCUGAAACCUCAUCCUUUAUAAUGAAAUCCAACAUCUUCCCAACCACUGAAGUCAGGCUAACUAGCCUAUAAUUUUGUUUCUUCUGCCUCUUUCCCUUCUUAAAGUCUGGAGUGACAUUUGCAAUUUUUGAGUCCUCUGGAACCAUGCCAGAAUCUAGUGAUUCUUGAAAGAUCAUUACUUAUGCCACCACAGUCUCUUCAGCUACAUCUUUCAGAAUUCUGGGGUGUAGUCCAUCUGGUCCAGGUGACUUAUCUACCCUCAGACCUUUCAGCUUCCCAAGCACUUUCUCCCUAGUAAUAGCAAUGAUACUCACUUCUGUCCCCUACCACUCUCAAAACUCUGACAUACAGCUAGAGUCUUCCAUAAUAAAGAUAGAUGCAUAAUAGUUAUUUAAUUCAUCCACCAUUUCCUUAUCUCCCAUUACUAGCUCUCCAGCAUCAUUUUCCAGUGGUCAGAUGUCUAAUCCCACCCUCUCUUUUAUGCUUUAUAUGUCUGAAAAAACUUUUGAUAACUUCUUUGAUAUUAUUGGCUAUCUUAUCUUCAUAUUUAAUCUUUUAUCUCCUUAUGGCUUUUUUAGUUGCUUUUUAAAAGCGACCCCAUUUCUGUGACUUCCCACUAAGUUUUGCUGUGUUAUACGCCCUCUCUUUUGCUUUUAUAAGCCAGCCGUUGGUGCAGUGGCAUCAGCAUCGGGAUUCGAGGCACGUGGUCCCGGGUUUGAAUUUUCCAUCUGUGCUGAGUUGAGCAUUGAGCUAGCAAGUCAGCCUCAUAAAAAACAAACAAAAUGGUAAAGAAUCAGCAAAGUGCCACCAGAUGCACUGCAAAGAGGAAUAACAACAACUUUUGUUUUUACAUUGGAUUUGACUUCCCUUGUCAGCCACGGUUGUGUCAUAAUACCUUUAGAAUACUACUUCUUUGGGAUGUAUCUGUCCUGCGCCUUCCAAAUUUCUCCCAGAAACUCCUGUCAUUGCCACUCUGCCAUCAUCCCUACUGAUAUCCCUGACCAAUCAACUCUGCCCAGCUCCUCUCUCAUGCCUCUGUAAUUCUCUACUUACUUUAAUACUGAUACAUUUGACUUUAGAUUCUCCUCAAAUUGCAGGGUGAAUUCUAUCAUAUUAUGAUCACUGUAUCCUUUACCUUAAGCUCUCUAUAAUCAAUUGUGGUUUAUUGCACAACACCCAAUCCAGAAUAGUUGAUCCCCUAGUGGACUCAACCACGAGCUGCUCUAAAAAGCCAUCUCAUAGGCACUCUACAAAUUCUCUCUCUUGCGAUCCAAAUUCAGCACCAACCAAAUAUUCCCAAUAUACCUGCAUAUUGAAAUUCCCCCGUCCCUAUUGUAACAUCGCCAUUUUGACAUGCAUUUUCAAUCUCCCGUUGUAAUGGUCCAUAUUCUCUCCCUUCCCCCCCCCCCCCCCCCCAUUCUCUGCAUGGUCAAGUGCCCAUCUAAGAGCUGUUUAUAUGGCUUCAUCAUAUUUGCUUCUACCACCACCCCUGCCAGUGCAUUCCAGGCACCUACAACUCCCUCACUCCUCAUGUUAUAUGCAAGUCCUCUAGUAUUAGACAUUUCAACCCUGGGAAAAAGAUACCAGCUAUCUUCUCUGUCUCUGCCCCUCAUGAUCUUAUAAACCUCUACCAGAUCUCCCCUCAUCCUCCGCCACUCUGGAGCAAACAACCCAAGUUUAUCCAAUAUCUCCUGAUAGCACAUGCCCUACAGUGCAGGCAGCAUCCUGGUCAACUUCUUCUGCACCAUCUCUAAAGCCUUAUAGUGAGGUAACCGGAACUAUAUGUAAUACUCCAGAUACAGUGUAACUAUAUAAAGCUGCAGCAUAAAUUCCGGAGUAUUGAAUAAAAAGGCAAGUGUCUUCUUUACUACCCCAUCCACCUGUGGGCUUGGAUCCCAAGAUCCUUCUGUACGUCCCCACUGUUAGGGUCCUGCAAUUAACUAUGUGACUUUGAUUUAUUUUUUUAAUGCAACAGAAAAUUUAAGUUUAAAGAGUUUAAAUUUCCCUUUAAAACUUGUAUCAAGACACCAUCCAUAUAUGGAGACCACCUCGGUCGCAAUUGACUUAUAUUUACCACAGACUUUAUCAUCAGGACUGGAGCACACGAUCCAGGCCAAAGAUUAGUCGGCACAGAUGCAAGGCCUUCUGACCCGUUACUUUGGCUGCUGCCUCUCUUGAGUCGCUAAGCUGAGUUUAAAGUGUUAAGACUAUGCUGCUUUAUUCAGAGAGCAAGGAGUUCCCUCGGCCGCCAACUGCAGGGAAGGUUCUGUGGGCCUCGCUCUGUGCAGACUUUGCAGACAGUUUUCGUUGCCUCCAGUCUCUGUGGUAAAACACUGACAAAUUGACCCAACCACACCAAUAACCCUUUCAUCUAUUGACCAAGGCCACUGACGGAGUGCUGGAGGAUAGAAGGGUGGUAGCCUUCUGACCAAGUAGGUGGUCAGUAUAGGCAUUAUGGGCUGAAGGGCCUGUUUCUGUGCUGUAAUAAUUAAUAACUUGACUUGUUCAGAAAAUCCUCAGUGUCCCAAUUUGACGCUGCUAAUUAAUUUACACGCUGCCUUUAAAGUGAAGAGUUGUCCGAGUUUCAAACCCUCUGUUCCCACGGUCACACACUUGACAGCCACACCCAAAAUUCUUUUGAAAGUGUCCCAGUUUUAACCCAAACACAUUCAAUAUGCAUGAAUCAUCAGAACCUCCUGACCACUCAGGCCCACUUUAACCUGCCUCUCUUCCACAAGAGCUGAUCUCAAAACGAAUUCACGGGGACAUGAGAGGUUGCAGAUGGUGGAGCCUGUUGCAAUAGAGAAUCUGCUGGAGGAACUCAGUGGGUCAAGCAGCAUGUGUGGGAGGAGGGGGAUAAAUCCUGAUGCAGGGUUUUAACCUGAAACAUUGACAGUUCCUCUCCCUUCACAGAUGCUGCUCAACUGGUAGAGUUCCUCCAGCAGAUUGUGAAUUCACAAUAGGAUUGCUUUGUAUUAAUGAGAUGCUACCACUUCCCCACCAGGACCAGAAAUGAAGCAAAGACACCAAAUCUUGCUGGUGUGAAAGCAAAAUAUUGCCCAAAAGCUUCAGGUUGGUGAGGUCAGAGAGAGAAGCACCACACAUUUUACAGCCUGAAACAUCAUCUCUGUCCAAAGAUGCUGGUCAACCUGCUGAGGUUUAUUCCCAAUUCUCAACACCCAAAAAAGAAGCAACAUAACUCUUUUCUGCAUCACCCUCUCUGCUCCUCUCCAGUCUUGGGAGGGGAAUCAAUACUCAGAUAAUGUGUAAAAAAAUUCUUUUAAGCAAUUGUAGAGGUUGUAUGCAUGAGCAUAUAUCACAAAGGACAAAGAUAAGGAAGCAGCUAAUUUAAAGUUGUGUUCUUGAUUUUGUUUUCUCUCUGCUACCUGGCCUCUUUAAUGAACAUGCUUUUUUUUUGCCCUCCAUUUAAUAGGUAGCUUUAAGAUGCAGAUAUAUUUACGUAUACGUGUGUACAGUAUGAGUGCAUGAGUGUGCGCGCGCGUGUGUGCGUGUGCAUGCGUGUUUUUGUUUUGAAAAGACUAAUGCGAGCCAUUGAACAUUCUUCUAAAGCUUUGCUGGGAGUUUAGAAAUGGUGUUGGCAGGGACUAGGGAAGUUAGAGAGAUUGCUUCGUUAUAUUGCUGACUUUUUUAAAAGAUCAAUUUAACUCUUAGUAGAAAUGAAACACAAAGAAACUGCUUUAAAUGAAAUGUUUCAAUUGAACACUUUUAUAGAUUUUUAGAGAGGGAUGCCAUGUCUUGACUUUCCUUUUUAAAUGUGUUGAUGAGGAUAAUUUUGUUGAUGCUAACAGUCAUGCAUUAUUCUGUUUUGUGCUGAAAUAGUCUUUAUUUGAAUUGUUUUUAUUUUGUUAGGGAGAGUGGAUGUGCUUGUAUUGAAGCUCCCAUUUUCUAAAGUGAAUGUUGUUCUUUAGUGUUGAGUUAGGCAUCAAUUUUGGAUGAAAAAUAUAUCGUGCUUGCUAGGUCUCCCACAGCGCUGAGAAGGCCCUCUCAGUACUCUGGCCCCACCUUUGGUUCCUAUUAAAGGCAGAGGAAGGGUGUUCAGGGCAGUAGGAGAAUAGACGGGUUGGGUCUGGCCUUGUGAGCUUAGACUAGUUCAGCCUAACUGGCCCAUUUGGACUGUAGACAUACAGAAUAUUCUCUCUGAGCCGAACAUCGAAUGAGACCUUUCGGCUCCAGACCCGAUGGAUGCACCUUCCUUCUGGAAUGGUGCACAGACCGAUGUCGGGGGAAGCAGAUGGGGGCAGUGACUCUUCAUCAUCCCUCCACGUAAGUGCCACCUCCUCCCGGUCUGUCAAACUUGCCCCUUCUUUGAUCACCCUGACACCAGCUCCUGGUCACGGACGUGACCUUGUCCCCCAGUGGACAGAGGGGGGCUUACCAUACAAAGUGGCCACCAACGGGUGUGCGUCAUCACAAUCAGCUGCCACUCAGCGCCGAGCAUGCAGAGACUUUCUUGUUGAGCUGGGAGGCAGGAGGUCAUGGUAGCCAUCAGGGUCUCUUACCUAGAACAGUACCCUGCAACCACCCCCUCACCCUACCUGUCCCCCAAGCCUGGUCGUACAGUUACCGCAAACGACUCUACGCAAAAUUGGUGCCUAGUUUCCAGUCGGAUGCAAGGCAAUUUGGCUGGUUACUCUUAGAAUGUUCUAUUUACCAAAGAUCCACCCAUCCAUUUCCAUCUACCAGUCACUGAUGAAGCUUUAUCUCCACACUCCAUUAUACAGUUUUUGCCUACAUGUUACUGGACUGCUUUACUGUGCUUCCUCUGGAUCCAGGAGCACUAUUGUGUACAGUAUCUGCUGCUACGGUCACAACUAUGAAGGAAAUGUACUGUCUUUGGUUGUGCAACCACACACUCAGACACACAAACUGCAAGAACUUACAUGAACACACACCACAAAAAUGUAAAGUGCACAUACCACAAAAAACUUAAGUUAUACACACAUCUCACACACACAAGAAUUUACAUGGAACACACACACCACAAAAGCUCCAUGAAUACACACUCAUAUGCACCACAAAACCUUAUGUACACACAAAUUAUAGUCACACACAAAAUUCUACAUGAAUACACACCACAAAAUUUACAUAAUGUUCACACAUCACACACACACACCUACUAACAUACAUUUCACACACACCACAACUUGUGUGAAUACACACCGUACAACUGACUGCACAAACUUGCCUGAAUACACAAAGAUUCACCUUCACACAAGUGUACACAUCCUCACACCAAGCUGUGUUUUGAAACUAUGAAAUUGUUGAUUGAAUUCUGGGUUUGGGGUUUUGAAUGUUAAGAUUGGCCGCUUACCAAAGCCCAGGGCACAAGCUCAACUAACUCAGUAGCCCAGUUUGCUGAAUUGUUUGUUGCUGUUGGUGCAAUUUUGGGGUAGGCUGGGGGCAGAGCUACAAGAGUGAGCACUUGUUACUGGAGGCUUUGCCCCUCUGCUGAUCCUGGAUGUGAAAGAUCCAGUCACCCCUAAUACUAUGUCCAGCUUCCACCACUCCACUGAUAUCACAUGUGACUUGGCCUCCACAGCUGCCUGUGGCAAUGAACUCCACAGAUUCACCAUUCUCUGGCUAAAGAAAUUCCUCCUCAUCUCUGUUCCAAAUGGACAUCCAUCUAUUCUGAGGCUGUGCUCUCUGGUCCUAGACUCACCCACAAGAAGAAACAUCCUCUCCAAGACCACUCUAUCCAGACAUUACAAUAUUCAAUGUGAGAUUCCCCCUCAUUUUUCUGAACUCCAAUGAAUAUAGGCCCAGAGCCAUCAAAUGUUCCUCCUAGGUUAACCCUUACAUUCCCAGAAUCAUUUUCAUGAAUCUCCUCUGGACCUUCUCCAAUGCCAGCACCUCUUAGAUAAGGGUCUCAAACUGCUCACAAUACUCCAAAUGCGUUCUGACCAAUGCCUUAUAAAGCCUUGGCAUUACAUCCUUGCACUUAUAUUCCAGUCCUCUCAAAAUUAAUGCUAAAAUUGCAUUAGCCUAUCGUACUAUUAGCUCAACCUGUAAGUUAACCUUCAGGGGGAAUCCAUGACACUUUGCAACUCUGAAUUUUGAAUUUUCUCCCCAUUUAGAAAAAGUCUAUGUCUUUCUUCCUUCUACCAGAAUGCAUGACCAUACACUUUCCUACACUAGAUUUCAUCUGUCACCUCUUUGCCCAUUCUUUCACUGUCUAAAUUGUUCUGCAGACUCCCUGCUUCCUCAACACUACCUGCCCCUCCACCUAUCUUCGAAAUUUCCACAGACCUGGCCAAAAAACCAUCAAUUCUAUCAUCCAAAUUACUGACAUAUAACAUGAAAAGAAGUGGUCCCAACACAGACUGCUGUGGAACACCACUAGUCACCGGUAGCCAAUCAGAAAAGACCUCCUUUAUUCCCACUCUUUGCCUCCUGCCAGUCAGCCAAUCUUCUAUCCAUGCUAGUAUCAUUCCUGUAGUACCAUGGGCUCUAUCUUGUUAAGCAGCCUCAUGUGCAGCAUCUUGUCAAAGGCCUUCUGAAAAUCCAAAUAAACAACAUCCACUGACUCUCCUUUGACUAUCCUGCCUGUUAUUUCCUCAAAGAAUUCUAACAGAUUUGUCAGACGAGAUUUCCCCUUGAGAAAACCAUGCUGACUUCAGCCUGUUUCAUCACGUGCCUCCAAAUACCCCAAAACCUCAUCCUUAACAAUGGACUCCAAAAUCUUCCCAACCAUUGAGGUUGGGCUAACUAGCCUAUAAUUUCCUUUCUUCUGUCUCUCUCCCUCCUUGAAGAGUGAAAUGACAUUUGCAAUUUUCCAGUCCUCAGGAACCAUUCCAGAAUUUAGUGUUUCUUAAAAGUCUAAUACCUUCACAAUUUCUUCAGCUGCCUCUUUCUGAAUCAUGGGAUGUAGUCCAUCUGGUCCAGGUAACUUAUUUACCUUCAGACCUUUCAGCUUCCUAAGCACCACCUCAUUUGUAAUAACGACACUCACUUCUGCCCCUGAUACUCUUGAAUUUCUGGUAUACUGCUAUUGUCUUCCACAGUGAAGACAGACACAAAAUAUUUAAGUUCAUCCAUUAUUUCUUUGUCAUUGUACCCCCCCCCCCACCCGCAUUACUACCUCUCCUGAGUCAUCUUUCAGCGGUCCAAUAUCCACUCUCUCUUCCACUCUAUAUGUCUGAAAAAUACUUUGGCUACAUUAACUUCAUAUUUCAGCUUUUUCCCCUUAUGGCAUUUUUAGUUGCCUGCUGUUGGUUCUUAAUAUUUCCCAGUCCUCUAACUUCCCAUUAAUGUUCGCUACAUUAUAUGCCCUCUCUUGCUUUUAUGCUGUCUUUGACUUCCCUUGUCAGCCAUAGUUGCUUCAUCCUCCCUUUAGAAUGCUUCUUCAUCUUUGGAAUGUAUCUGCCCUGCACCUUCUGAAUUGCUCCCAGAAUCUUGCUGUGCACCUGUUGUGAGUUACUGUGAGGCACGAGACAAAAGUGAGUUUCGGCUUUUGGAAUCAAAGAUUGGGUGGUUAAUAUUUAAAAGCAUAGAACUCUACAGCACAGUACAGCCCCUUUGGCACAUGGUACUGUGCCAACCUUUUAACCUCCAAGAUAAUUUUAACCCCUUCCUCCAACACAGCCCAUAUCCUUCCAUUUUUCUUUUGUCACUAUGCCUAUCUAAGGGUCUCUUAAAUCUCUCUAAUGUACCUCUACCACCUCUUCUGGAGUGCACUUUACCACUCUCUGUGUAAAAAUACCUAAUUCUGACAUCCCACCUAAACUUUACUCCAAUCACCUUAAAAUUAUUCCCUGGGGAAAAAGCUGGUUCUCUUUAUACUGUAUAACCUCCAACUCAAAAGGUAACUCAGCAUCCUUCAUUUGUUAAGUUGUAGCUCUUAAAAGCUGGUCCAACCACUAUUCCUUAGCCAAUACCUUCUCCUGCUGGCUGCUUCAGUGUGUAUUUGACCUACAAUGUUUUCCAAUCUUACCAGCACAGUCCAUGAUCAACUUCACUGAGCUAACCUUCUGCCAUUUAUAAAAUAGGACUGCACACAGGCCUGAAUCACCUGGGACUUUCUGUCCCCAGGGAAGCGGGGAGUUCUUUUUGUGCCAGAUUUUUCCCCCAAGUUUAAAUGUGAGAAGAAUUUCAUAGUUUCAGAGAACAGAGUCUGCUGCUGCUAAGCCACCGGGAGUCUUGAGUUUGUCUUCAUCUGACGACCAUCAUGUAAAUGUUACUGCUUCUUGUUUUAUUGGUUCUGCUCUGUUACUCCCUGGUCUCAAAACAGGAGUGCUUUAAACAGGUGACAGAUUUGAACUUCAGUAAAACCGACAAUGGAAUUGUU